AUGAUUAACAUUUCAGAUCUUAAUAUUACAAUUUCUAAAGAUUAUGCAAAUAACAUGAAUACAGAUUGUAUUAUUUAUGCCAGUACAUCACUACAAGAUACAAUAAUAAAUGACAAUAAUCUUAUUACUCAACUUACUGAUAUUACUAAAUUACCAAGUGUAUCAAAGAGUGUAAUUGGAUUACCAGAUCUACAUACUGGUUAUGUUUUUCCUAUUGGAUCUGUUACAUGUUUUGAUUUGAAUGAUAAUCCUAUUAUUUUACCGGGUGGUGUUGGAUAUGACAUUAAUUGUGGUGUAAGAUGCAUAAAAACUAAUUUAAUGUUAGAAGAUCUAAAAGAUUUAGAUAAAAUAUUAGAAGAAAUAGAUUGUAGUCCUACAGAAAUAUCAUUAGAAGAUCUUAAUGGUGUAUUAGAUUGUGGAUUAGAAUAUUUAGUAAAGAAACAAUUUAUAACACCUGACAAUUUAGAAUUUACAGAAUCAAAUGGUAAUUACAAAGGUUGUAGUAGAAAGAUUAGUCAGAAAAGUAAAGGGAAGGGAGUAAAUCAAUUUGGAUCUCUUGGUAGUGGAAAUCAUUACUUAGAAAUAGAAUAUGUAGAUAAAGUAUUUGACAGAGAGAGAUGUAAUAUAUUAAAUCUUAGAGAAAAUCAGAUUGUUAUUUCUAUACACAGUGGUAGUAGAGGACUAGGACAUUCUGUGUGUAAAGAAAGUUUAAUUAAAUUUAAUAAUGAAGUUAAAUUAAAAAAUAAUGGAGGAUUUUUAAAAGAUUCAAAUAUUUCUAUUAAUGAGUCAGUAUAUUUACGUGCCGAUAAUAAACUGUCUAUUGAAUACAUGAAUGCAAUGGCAAGUGCAUGUAAUUAUGCAUUUGGGAAUAGAGCAAUGAUACAAGAAAAGGUUAUUAAAUCUUUAAAAAGAAUAUUUCCUUAUUUAGAAACAGAAUUAAUAUAUGACACUAGUCAUAACAUAGCUAAAAUAGAAACAGAUUUAAAUUCUUUGGUGAUUAGAAAAGGGGCUAGUAGAAUUUUAGAGCCUGGUAAUAUUGAGUUACCUUACAAAUAUAAAGAAAUAGGACAGCCUGUUCUUGUAGGAGGAUCUAUGGGUACAGCAUCAUAUAUUAUUUGUGGGGAUGAUUGUAUAAAAACUUAUAGAAGUACUUGUCAUGGAUCUGGUAGAAUUAUUCCUAGGGGAGAAUCUAAGAAGCUUUUUAAACACGAUGAGAUUGUAAAAGAUUUGCAUAAAAGGAAUAUUAAAAUUAAAAGUGGUAGUAAAUUAGGAAUAGUAGAAGAAGCACCAGAAUGUUAUAAGAAUAUUGAUGAAGUAGUGAAAUGUAGUGAACUUAAUAAGUUAAGUAGGACUGUGUGUAGAGUUAGACCUAUUCUGGUAGUUAAGGAUAUGUAA